AUGGGAGCCUUCGUAGACCAGUUCAGGCCGACGUCCUUCACGCCCCGCUAUCCGCGGUGGAUGGUCGGGCGACCGCUGCUCAUAUCUUCAUCCGCAUUGCCCUCCCUGGGCGACGCCAUGUUCGGCUACAGCCAAGGUCUCAUCGCCGCGCUGCAGGUCCAGCCGAACUUCAUACGCAGAUUCUUCGGUAAAGACGUUACCCUAGAGCAGAUUCAGAAUGGUACCACCGGCGUGGAUCCCUAUGUGCAAUCAAUCACCGUGUCCUGCCUGAACAUCACAGCCUUCUUCUCCGCCUUCUUCGCGGCGUACGUCUGUGACAUCCUCGGGCGACGCGUAUCCGUGCGCCUCGGCGCGCUCAUCUACCUCGUCGCCUCCAUCAUCCAGAUCCUCUCGCCCGACCUCGCGAGCCUCAUCGUCGGCCGCUCCCUGCAGGGCGUCGCCGUCGGCAUCCUCUCCAUGACCGUGCCCAUCCUCCAGUGCGAGAUCGCGCCCGGCCACGCGCGCGGGCUCUUCAUCUCGAUCGAGUACAUCUGCCUCAACGCCGGGUACGCGCUCUCCGCCUGGGUCGGCUACGCCUUCUUCUUCACGCUCCCCUCCGAGAUCUCCUGGAAGGGCCCGUACAUCGUGCAGGCCGCCAUGGCCGCCAUCCUCAUCGCCUGGUCCUUCGUGCUCCCCGAGACGCCGCGCUUCCUCAUCAACAGCGGCAUGCCCGCCGAGGGCCUCCGGGUGCUCGCGGACCUGCACGCGGCGGGGAACAUCGACGAUCCCACGGUGCUCGCGACGCACCGCGAGAUCGUCGACGCCGUCGCGCGCGAACGCGCGCUCGGGAGCUCGUCCUGGCGCGAGUUGUUCACACAGUACCGGCGACGCAGCGUCAUUGGGCUCACCUGCCAGAUCUUCGCGCAGUUCAACGGCAUCAACGCGAUCCUCUACUUCUUGCCCGAGAACUUGACCCGUGCGGGAUUCGAUACGCAGCGAGCACUCCUAUACGCUGCGGGCGCGUCACUGAUAUAUUGCACGGGCACAAUCCCGACGGCGCUGUGGAUUGAUCGCGUCGGCCGUAGGCCGUUCCUGUUGGUGGGUGCUGCGGCGCUCGCGGGCGCGCUCGCGGUUGUGGGCGGGCUGCAGCUGUACGUGGAUACCAUGCCACGGGGUGACGCGCGUAUGCCGGGGGCCAACGGCGUCUUCGCAGCGGUGUGCCUGUACUUGUUCUUCUACGGCGCCACGUGGGGUCCGGGGCCGUGGCUGCUCGGCGCGGAGAUCUUCCCGCUCCGUGCGCGCGCGAAGGGCAUGGCGCUCUCGACGACGGCGAACUGGCUCUGCAACUUCAUCAUCGCGUUCGCCACGCCGCCGCUGUUCGCGGCCAUCGGCGGCGCGUACUACUUCAUCCUCGUCGGCUUCUGCGUCUUCUGCGGGAUCUUCGUCUACUUCGUGUACCCCGAGACGGCGCACAAGACGCUCGAGGAGCUCGGGAGCGUCUUCAACGACGGCCCGAAGAUGCUUCUUGAGGAGAAGCCUAGACAUACUGACGAUGAGAAUGGUACACUGAAUCGUACUCCUGAGUUAGGCGCCCCCGAAGAUGUAGAGGAGGAUGAAGUACUCGAAUUCGUGGCUGAGGCGCUGACACCGGACGACGAGGUCUUGGUGGCCCCACCCGAUGAGGCUCCGGAAGCUGUCGCCGAGGAGUCGGGGAGUGUGUCGGUGGAGCCCGACGAAUCCAGGAGGGUGUUUGCGAUCAGGAAGGGAGAGCCUGUCGGUCCGUUCGGGGUGAUAACUUGGUCGUGGGCAGCAUCCAGCUUCGCCGCGUCAAAAGUGCCAUACUGA